AUGGGGGUAAAUGAUCCCUUCUUCCUCUUCACAAAAUGUGAUGGGUUCCCACCCUACCUUUGGAACCUUGCGGUGUCGAUCAGCCUCUAUGCCGAAGACUUGAGGGUAGUGCGCAGCCCGUUUAUAUUGUUUUACCGAUCAAUUGGACAUACCCGCCAGUGUGGGACCUCUACUGAUGGUGAUGAUCAUGUUGAUCUGUCGAUUCCCGCUAUAAAUAUUGCUUGGAAAGAAGCAUGCGCAUCCACAACUCCGAACAUGGUUGUGAUAGCAAAAGGAAACUACCUGGCUGGUCCAGUGACGUUUCAAGGGCCCUGCAAAGGGCCAGUUAGCGUUCGAGUUAAAGGAACCCUGCAGGCUCUUGCAGAGCCAGAAAAGCUCAAGUCACAAGAUGGUUGGGUCGUUUUCCAAAAUAUUGAUGGGUUAACAGUCUCAGGAGGUGGCACUUUUGAUGGCCAAGGAUCAAUAGCUUAA